UUUACGGAAGCUCUCGAAUGAGGUCAUCUAUCACAUUUUCAACAUCUUUGUUCGGAACCAUUCAUCCGCUCCCAGUGUAGCUGGUAUCCGUAACUUCGGGAACAGACACUCUGCAAACAUGGCUUCUGCCACUACCCCGGUUGUCCCUGAACAGUCAGCGACAACCACACAUUUACCAAUGCUCGACAUAUCCAAGCCCCCCGUUAUAGAAGGAUUUACACCUCUAUCUCGACCCAGAGAAGAGACGUUUCAGGAGAAGUUUAUGAGGAAGUCGAAGGAGAACCCGUUCGUCCCUAUAGGUUGUCUCGGUACAGCUGGAGCGUUGAUGUACGGUCUCCGAGCCUUCAAACAAGGCAAGACCCGGCAGUCCCAGCUCCUGAUGAGAGGACGUAUCUUCGCACAAGGCUUCACUGUAGUGGCUAUCAUCUUCGGCGUGUUCACCACGGCACUGAAGAAAGACUGAGCAGCAUUAGGGUUGUAUUCAUUACUGCAAAAACGUUUUUUUUUGCAACGGGGAAAAAAACUAAAACAAGGGGUUUCUUAUUAGACAAGUUCAGGUAGUCCCUCCUUGUUUCAGACUGUUUUCUAGCGUUCGGCGACUAGUGAAUACGACCCAGGCCUUUUGGAACCUCCCGCCAGUCUAUCCUCUCCUUUGAGCCUUGGAGAAAAGUGUGGUGGGAAUGAAAUGUUGUUUGAAUACAUAGAAAGACUAACAUAACAGAUAUUUAAAAAGGGCCAAUCAACUGUUUUUUUCCUCUCUUCUCUCGCUCUCCCUUUUCUGGACUUCCUUAACUGCUUUGGGCUGAUCCAGUCAAAUGAAAUGUACACCCUGUUCUGCAGAUGGCAAAGCAAGCAGGGCACAGACUGCCUUGAGUUAAAAACCUAAUUGUGUAACUAUAUCCAAUGCAAUGCAGCCAUCCACAUAUGUAGACACACAGCUGACCCACUACCACUUGCUAUCGGUUAGAGAUCCACCUCUGUAAUACAGAGAAUUAUAACAAGACUCAGAACCACAUUUUUUUUAGCACCAUGUAUUGUCAGUUCCACUAGCCAUGUAUUAGCCAUAUCAAGUAAAACAGAGUCCUGUUCCUUCAAUAAAAAUGUAAAAAUUAA